CUCCCUCUGGACAGCGGCCAAGUGCAUGUAUGGGUGACGGUGGUGGCCCAAUGAUGUGUGGUGACAACUUUGAAUUCUUGGUUGGCAUUGCCUCCUGGGCCCCGAAUGUCUGUGAUGGUGAAAAACCAUCCGUGUACACUCGGGUGACAGCAUAUCUUCAAUGGAUAUCUGAACGAAUGCAAAACAGCCCCGUGUUGUAA